GCGGGGCGAGAGGCGGGAGGGACGUCAUCCAUCCCUCGCCAUUUUCCGUCAAGCUCAACUCAAUCAAGUUAGCUUCUGUCAGUCGCUGUGUUUGUGUAUAGUGUUGUGAAAAAUUAUCUGUGUCGAUGAAUCUCAAUGGGAAAUCGUGCUGAUUACGACUCCAAACGAUGGGUCGAUUAUUGUGUUUGUGGCUUUGAUGCAUCUUUUGAUCAGUGAUAAUGGCCAAGUGAUUGGUAAAGUGGAGUGUUUUGUGUCGUAUGCUGGGCUCUCACGGCAACAGUGAGAUCCUUUCUCUGGAUAAAUCGUCCCCAAGACGACGUCAGAACACAGAACAGAAAGCUGACACACCAUGUCGUCGAAAAACAUACCAGGAGAUAAGAUAAAUCUUCGGUUAAUUUUGGUGUCCGGCAAGACGAAGGAAUUCGUGUUCAAUCCUGUGGACUCGGCGGGUGACAUCGCGAUACAUGUCUACGACAACUGGCCUGAAGCGGACUGGGCGACCGAAUGCGUGUCCCGCGCGGAGAUCCUGCGGCUGAUCUACCAGGGCCGGUUCCUGCACAGCUCGGUGACGCUGGGCGCGCUCGGGCUGCCGCGCCGCACCACCGUCAUGCACCUGGCGCGCGAGCACUUGCCCGAGCCCAACUCACACGGUACGACCAAACACUCUAACUUCAGACCAACUCACGCCAUCUAUACGCAGGAUUAGGCAAACUAUACGGCAUGUG